AUGGAUAAGUUUAUUACCCAAGCAGUGCAAGAGGGUACCAAAUCGAAUAAAUUAAGGUCAUCGAUUUUUUUCAGUAAAAAUGAUGAUAGUUUCAUCACUAAUGAAGAGCAAGCUCGUAACGAAAUAAACACAGAAGGAUUGACAGAUGCACAUGAUCAACUCGAUGGAGCUUCUUUGAUUCAUUUGAAUAUUAAAGGUAGUCAUUAUUACAUCACAAAGGACCAAUUGAUGUCCUUGUCAGAAUCAAUUCUAUUAUACAUGUUUCCACAUGGAGUCUUUCUGGACAAAGAUGGUGACGUGAUCACUAGUUUGACAGCGAACGAUGAAAUAUAUAUUGAUAAUUUCAGCCCGUCAUGUUUUGAAUACAUAAUGUCGGUUUUCAUGAAAGCUUUUGACAACUAUACGAAUUUCUCCUUUGAUAAGUAUUAUAACAUACAAAAAAUGAACAAUUCUCCAUUAUCCUCGAUUGCCAAGGGACUAUUCGGCAAACAUGGCAACAAUACAGCCAAUGGUCUUGUAUCUAAUGGACACGCCCAUAAUAGGGAGACGGAGAAAGAGAUUCUGCACGAAUGCCCUACUAUUAUUGUGUUGAAGGAAGAUUUGGAUUAUUAUUGCGUUCCUCAAGUAGACCUGGCAUUUGCAGAAGGGUUGGAUUUAAAGGCUCAAAACAAGUUACAUGGCGAAUUUAUGCAUAAAGUGAAAUCAGCUGCAGGCAGCUAUCUGUUAUCUGAAGAUGGGGUAUUUGCAGGACUAAUGAGUUCGAAUCGGAUCAAAUAUAAAGACAGAUUUGAACAACGAGACAACCGACGUGACAAAAAACAUAGUAACCUUUCACGUUCGCGGUCACCCCAGAAGAAGAAAGAUGAUGCGGGAAAUGUGGAAAGACAUUUGAUGGAUAUGCUUCUAUCGUCCGGUUUCAAAGAGGAUUCACGUUGGGGGUCGAGAACUGCGGAUGACGUGAAGACAGUGAUUGAAUCUAUAUCAUUAGUCAGACUGUACAACGAGACCACGGACGAGUUCCGCGAAGAGUACGACAAGAAGAUGAAGGAGUGGGAAGAAGAGAGGAAAAAACGACUAUCAGAACAACAGCAACAAGUGCAAUCACCAUCUAAUGGUAACGUUGAAAGCAUGAGAAACUCUCCCACUGGCAGUAGAAAUAUGAGCGGCAUAUUGCCGAGACCUCAGUUAACCACCAGCAUGUCAUUCAAUACCGUAAGCAUAAACGAUCCCAAGGGCAACACUCCAAAUGGUAAGACGAAGACAAACAAGGCCAUUAUUUCUCAGAGCACGAGCACCACCACUCUUAAAUCGUCUGCACAGGAAACGAAUAACACCGAGAACUACACGGAAGACGCGGAUUUGACCCCGCCCACCAUCGCCGGAAGUGCUAGUGGCAGCAAUACCCAGGGUAGGAAAUCUCGGUUCCUGCGGUUCACUGAUUCGAUGCGGUCGCGAUCUUCUUCAAGGCACGCCUCAAAGACAAGAACAGAUAACAGUCUGUCUUUGACCGAGAAACCGACAUUGUAUGAACUGAUGGCGAAGCCAGAUAUAAAUUACAAACUGUUAUUAUUUUGGAAGAAACCAGCACGGAAGUGCUGGUGGAGCGAGACAGAAUUGGAACUCGAGAUCGAGCUCACUGCAUCGGCACAAGACACACCAGAGGACCGCCAGAACCUUACAUUGUUGCUGCAUGACACCAAUGACAGUGGCAUCAAUCCAAGCACAAUCAAAGUUCCGAUCAAGCUGCACACCCGCCGCGUAUGGAUGCUGGAAUUGAGUGUCAUCGGCGCAAGCGACUUUUACAGAUAG